CUUUUGCUGCUACAACACCAUCUCUCCCAGACGAAGAUGAGGACUUGAUGGACUUUGAGCCAGCAGUUGAAGUAGAAGGUGCGCCUGAGUGUUAUGACGAGAUGCCAGCGGAAAACAGAUGUGGAAUCAAACCAAAAGGCUUAUCAAUUCGACUGGAAUGCGAAAAAGGACAGUACGUUUAUAUUCAAAGCGCAAGUUAUGGACGAUCACAAGGUGAUGUAGGAUGCGAUGUGCUUACCCCACUAGAGGCAGAUGAGUGUACUUCCGAGACAACUUUGCAAGCAGUUAAAGACAAGUGUGAAGGAAGAAGAUCUUGCGUCGUUCCAUUUCGUCCCAACUUUUAUGGUGGAAAUCCUUGUGGUAGGAGGGUUGAGACGUUUCUCAAUGUGAAAUAUGUCUGUGUAAAAUCAUGUGGAGGAGAACCCGAAGCUUUGCCAGCUUUUGCUGCUACAACACCAUCUCUCCCAGACGAAGAUGAGGACUUGAUGGACUUUGAGCCAGCAGUUGAAGUAGAAGGUGCGCCUGAGUGUUAUGACGAGAUGCCAGCGGAAAACAGAUGUGGAAUCAAACCAAAAGGCUUAUCAAUUCGACUGGAAUGCGAAAAAGGACAGUACGUUUAUAUUCAAAGCGCAAGUUAUGGACGAUCACAAGGUGAUGUAGGAUGCGAUGUGCUUACCCCACUAGAGGCAGAUGAGUGUACUUCCGAAACAACUUUGCAAGCAGUUAAAGACAAGUGUGAAGGAAGAAGAUCUUGCGUCGUUCCAUUUCGUCCCAACUUUCAUGGUGGAAAUCCUUGUGGUAGGAGGGUUGAGACGUUUCUCAAUGUGAAAUAUGUCUGUGCAAAAUCAUGUGGAGGAGAACCCGAAGCUUUGCCAGCUUUUGCUGCUACAACACCAUCUCUCCAAGACGAAGAUGAGGACUUGAUGAACUUUGAGCCAGCAGUUGAAGUAGAAGGUGCGCCUGAGUGUUAUGACGAGAUGCCAGCGGAAAACAGAUGUGGAAUCAAACCAAAAGGCUUAUCAAUUCGACUGGAAUGCGAAAAAGGACAGUACGUUUAUAUUCAAAGCGCAAGUUAUGGACGAUCAAAAGGUGAUGUAGGAUGCGAUGUGCUUACCCCACUAGAGGCAGAUGAGUGUACUUCCGUUACAACUUUGCAAGCAGUUAAAGACAAGUGUGAAGGAAGAAGAUUUUGCGUCGUUCCAUUUCGUCCCAACUUUCAUGGUGGAAAUCCUUGUGGUAGGAGGGUUGAGACUUUUCUCAAUGUGAAAUAUGUCUGUGUAAAAUCAUCUUUUGCUGCUACAACACCAUCUCUCCAAGACGAAGAUGAGGACUUGAUGAACUUUGAGCCAGCAGUUGAAGUAGAAGGUGCGCCUGAGUGUUAUGACGAGAUGCCAGCGGAAAACAGAUGUGGAAUCAAACCAAAAGGCUUAUCAAUUCGACUGGAAUGCGAAAAAGGACAGUACGUUUAUAUUCAAAGCGCAAGUUAUGGACGAUCACAAGGUGAUGUAGGAUGCGAUGUGCUUACCCCACUAGAGGCAGAUGAGUGUACUUCCGAAACAACUUUGCAAGCAGUUAAAGACAAGUCUUUUGCUGCUACAACACCAUCUCUCCAAGACGAAGAUGGGGACUUGAUGGACUUUGAGCCAGCAGUUGAAGUAGUAGGUGCGCCUGAGUGUUAUGACGAGAUGCCAGCGGAAAACAGAUGUGGAAUCAAACCAAAAGGCUUAUCAAUUCGACUGGAAUGCGAAAAAGGACAGUACGUUUAUAUUCAAAGCGCAAGUUAUGGACGAUCACAAGGUGAUGUAGGAUGCGAUGUGCUUACCCCACUAGAGGCAGAUGAGUGUACUUCCGAGACAACUUUGCAAGCAGUUAAAGACAAGUGUGAAGGAAGAAGAUCUUGCGUCGUUCCAUUUCGUCCCAACUUUCAUGGUGGAAAUCCUUGUGGUAGGAGGGUUGAGACGUUUCUCAAUGUGAAAUAUGUCUGUGUAAAAUCAU